AUGGUGAUUUCCUGGCUAAAAUUGACGAUUGACGAGAAUCUUCGUACUUCUCUUUCCAAUCACAAGAAUGCUCAUGAACUGUGGAAGGAUAUCAAGCAGCGCUUCUCGGUCCGCAACGGUCAGCGUGUACAACGUCUAAAAGCUGAACUCGCUACCUGUAAUCAGAAGGGACUUGCAAUGCAAGAUUACUAUGGGAAGCUGACUCAACUAUGGAGGAGUUUGUCUGAUUAUCAACAGGCAAAAACGGUGGAGGAGAUUGCCAAAGAGAGAGAAGAAGAUAAGCUUCAUCAAUUUUUGAUGGGUCUUGAUGAGACAAUAUAUGGUGUCGUGAAGUCUUCCUUAUUGUCUCUUGUAUCACAUUGGUCGGUUAACAAUACUCGAAAUCGCCUUGUGUGUACUAGUUGCGGGAAAACAGGUCAUCUUGCAGAAAAUUGUUUCCGGAAAAUUAGGUAUCCAGACUGGUGGGUGGAACGAUCGGCACAACCAUCUCGUCUUCGUCAAAUGUUUAUGGGUUCAUCGCAACCGACAAAUACAGGGAGAGGUCGUGGGAAUCCAAUGGCUCGGGCUAACUCCAUGAUUGCAGUGUCACCUACUCCGUCCGCAGGUGCUCCACAAGCUGCCGCUAACUCGGUAUUGAGCAUUGCAGAUCGUAUUGGACUCACUGGUCUUACUAAUGCGCAAUGGGAAAGCUUGAAGCUGGCUCUUGAUGAACGUGAAAAAUCUUCCACAACACUGACGGGUAAGAUUUCUCAUUCCUCUUGGAUCAUUGAUACAGGUGCCUCUAAUCACAUGAUAAGCUCUGUAUCAACUCUGGAUAAUCUUCACGACAUGUCUCCAGUUGUCAUUAAAUUACCGAAUGGUCAGCAUGUUAUGUCCUUGCAACAAGGGACAGUCUCGCUGGACACACAUCUUAUUCUUCACGAUGUGUAUUUUUUUGAUGGCUUGCAGUGCCAUUUGAUUUCAGUUUCUCAGUUGACUAGAGAUAGGGGCUGCGUUUUCCAGAUUACUAAUACAUUGUGUGUUAUCCAAGACCGCAUUACCAGGAUGUUGAUUGGUUCGGGGGAGCAACAUAAUGGCUUGUAUUUCUUUCAAAGCAUGGAUGUAGCUGCUACGAUGCAUAUAACGAAGGUGACAUCUUCGGAGUUAUGGCAUCAACCCCUAGGCCAUCCGUCUUCUAAAGAUUUGGAGUCUUUAUCUAUUUCUGAUUUAAGUUGUAGUUCCAAGUUUGAUCAUAAGGCAUGUGACAUUUGUAACCGUGCUAAACAGUCUCGUGACACAUUUCCGACUAGUUUGAAUAAAACAACCAGUGUUUUUGAGCUUGUUCAUUGCGAUCUUUGGGGUAUUAUUCACGAGACAUCCUGUGUUGGUACUCCGCAACAGAACAGUCGGGUGGAGAGGAAACAUCGUCAUAUUCUCAACGUUGCUCGCGCCUUGCGUUUUCAAGCCUCUUUACCCGUUGAAUUCUGGAGACAAUGUGUGUUGGCUGCGGGAUACAUUAUUAAACGCACACCGGCAUCACCUCUUGCUGGUAAAACUCCGUUUGAGAUUCUCUAUGAUCGUCCUCCGCCUCUCUCGCAUCUUCAUGUGUUUGGUUAUCUUUGUUAUGUUCAUAAUCAACAUCAUCGUGGAGACAAGUUUGCGAGCAGGAGUACACGUUCUCUUUUUCUUGGGUAUUCACUUGGUAAAAAGGGGUGGAGAGUUUAUAAUUUGGAAACUGGGAAGAUCUCAGUUUCUCGAGAUGUGAUUUUUUGUGAGGACCAAUUUCCGUAUGCAUCAUCUACUAGUUUGGUGCGUGAUGAUCCUUCUCCUUUUAUGUGUCCUUCUUCUUCAGUGUUUGAUGUUGAUGAGGAGUUGGAUACACCUGCACUUAAUGAUGAGACUACCAUGUCUCCACUUUCUCCAUCUGCUGCAGAGUCCUCAUGCUCGAUUGAUCUGCCACUUCCCUCGGUUAACCCGUCGGUUGUUUCGACUCCCAUUUAUGCUCAGUUACAUGAGUCUGAUUCUACCGUGUCGUCGUCAUCACCUGUUGUGACUGUAUCCACUCCAGAUGGUCCUGCAGUUCCACUGUGUUGUAGUGAACGUGUGAGUAAGCCACCUUUGCGGUUAAGCGAUUAUGUUUGUCCAACACUUCCUUAUCACGCCACUGCACAUCUUAUGAUCGGAUAG